AUGCGGGGUGCUCCAAUUAUUCUGCUCUACGCCGCAACCUUGGCAUCCGGCAUGGUCAUUACUCCCAGACAUGCUGGUGAGGCUCACAUUGCUGUCCGCGGCAGUGGUGACGACCAUGACGGCGGUGGUCCUUCGUGGGGCGGCGACCAUGGAGAUCACGGUGAUGGUGGUCACGGCGGCGGUGGUCCCCCUGAAGAGACCACUCCCUGCGAGACUGAGACUCCUCCAGUUGAAACUCCUCCGCCUGUUGAGACCCCCCCGCCUGUUGAUACCUCAACCCCAUGCGAGACCGACACGCCCACUAUUCCCCCGGUUGUAACACCUACCUCAACCCCGUGCGAGACGGACACCCCUACUGUUCCCCCAGUUGUGACGCCUACCACUCCGCCGGUUGAGACCUCCACUCCGUGCGAGACCGACACACCUACUGUUCCCCCGGUUGUGACGCCUACCACUCCCCCGGUUGUAACACCUACCUCAACCCCGUGCGAGACGGACACACCUACUGUUCCCCCGGUUGUGACGCCUACCACUCCCCCGGUUGUGACACCUACCUCAACCCCGUGCGAGACGGACACCCCUACUGUUCCCCCAGUUGUAACACCUACCUCGUCCCCAUGUGAAACUGAUACUCCGACCCCGCCCGUUGAGAGCUCAACCCCGUGCGAGACGGACACCCCUACUGUUCCCCCAGUUGUGACACCUACCUCAACCCCGUGUGAGACUGACACCACAACCUUGCCUCCAACUCUACCUCCCUAUACGACGCCGACCUCAACUCCCUAUGUAACUGAUACUCCCACUUCUCCUCCGCCGAGCUCAACCCCCUGUGAGACGGACACUCCUACUGCCCCCCCUGUCAGUAGUACGACUGGUGAGACCGAAACUCCCACCACACCUCCCGCUUCUACCACUCCCUGCGAGACCGAGACCCCCACAGGCACUCCUCCUCCGGUUAUCGUGACAACCACCUACACUACUACUACCUGCCCAAUCACCUGGAGUACCGUCACAAGCGGCUCGUCAACUUACACCCACCCCGUGACCCAAACCAGCACAAUCACCGUGACGUCUGUUUCCACCUGCACUGAGGCUUGCACUCAGCCCACAGCCCCUCCCACCGAGCACACGAUUCCCCCUGUUAUUUCCACAACUUCUGUCGUGGUGCCUCCUCCGGCUACUGAACCCAGUGUUCCAGCCACCGAGCUUACUGUCCCUGGUACUGAGACCACUGCUCCGGCCACCGAGCCCAGCAUUCCCGCUACUGAGACCAGUGUUCCAGCUACUGAGCCUACUUCCCCUGGUACUGAGACCACUGCUCCGGCUACCGAGCCCAGCGCUCCAGCCACCGAGCCCAGCAUUCCCGCUACUGAAACCAGUGUUCCAGCUACUGAGCCUACUGCACCAGCACAGUCGAGCCCCGUCACUUCUUCCACCUCCGCCCCCCCUGCUUCCUCUUCUCCUGCUUUCAACAGUGCUCCAGCUCUCCAAAAAUCUGCGGCGGCCUUCAUACCUGGCCUGGCUCUUCUGUUUGCUUUGCUCUAA